AUGGAGGAGCAGCGAGGCCAUGAAAAGGAUAAAAUUGCUUCAUCGUUUUCCUCAGAAAGAGAAAGCAAAAGAGGAAGAAGAGAGGUGACCGAGAUAAUAAUCAACGAUGAGGCGUUGGAAGAGAUAAUGCUGAGGCUUCCGGUAAAAUCCCUUAUAAGUUUCCAAGCCGUGUCUAAACACUGGAGACGUAUGAUAACGCUUAACUCGUUCAGAGAGAGAUACAUGUUGCAUCAGAAAACCCUAGAACCAAAAAUUUUGUGUGUCUACGAUGAUAUAGACUGGUAUAAGGCAAACUAUGCUCUAAAAGAGAUGAGUUUGGAGUGGUCUUCGGCAUGUCUAGUUGAAGUGGAAGAAGAAGAAGACUAUCAUAUUAGUAAUGAUGAGCAAGAGGAUGUGAUAGUUUCCAAGAGUCUGGAUGGUCUUUUCUGCUUCUAUGGACGUGCAAACUUUAAAAACCCAAUUAAAGUGAUGAACCCAUCCACUAGAUGGUCCUUGACGCUCCCUCUCGCCAGGAUUCAGCUAGUGCAUUCAGACAACAAGGUGGAGUUUUCUCAACCGGGAUUUGGAAGAGACUAUGUCACAGGAGCAUACAAACUAGUCUGGUUACAUAACAUUAAAGACAAGAACAUCUCAUCAUGUGAGGUUUUCGAUUUUGGAGUCAAGGAAUGGAGACAUGUGACUUCUCCUCCUGAUCAUCGGAUAGAUCACAACCAAGAAGCAACUUUUGCUAACGGAUGGCUUUACUGGUUCACCCAUGAAAAGACGAAGUUGAUUGCUUUUAAUCUUCACAUGGAGAUGUUUCAAGUCGUACCAAACCCAAUUAUUGAGGCAUCAUCGUCAUCAUCAUCUAUUAGUAUGCAUAUGUGCAGCCUAGACUAUGACCGUGGUCUUGUGAAUAUUUCAGUGACAAAUGGAGAUGGCAUGCAGCACGUUUGGAGGCUCACUAACCACAACACAGGUGGGGCAUUGUUGAAAACGAACAAGAUCUUCUCCUUUGACUUGAACAAGAUUACCUCCACUUGGUUCGAAGAAACUCAUUAUAAAUCUUCGCUCCUCAGCCUUACGGCAGUUUCGAAGAAAGGAAACAAGUUGAUGCUCGCAAAAUACGGUUCCGACAAGCUCCUUCUAUAUCAACCUCUAACCCCUAAUUCCAUUAUGAAUCGCAUCUUUUCGUAUUCUCCUUCUCGUCCAAGUGACAGUGUAUUUCUUCAUUAUUUCCCAAGUUUAGCAUGUCCCUUAUGA